UUGACGCACGUAGAGCCGCCGUGAGGAGCCGGAGGAGCAAUGAAUCUGGCGGCUCUGAUCCUCUGCCUCUCUAUCCUCUCCCCUCUUCAAUGCUCCCUCGCCCUCAACGACCCGUGCGAAGACCCCGAGAUCCGCCGGAGCCCGCGAGACCUCCGGUCCGACCAGAUCACGGUGCUGAUCAACGGCUACUCUGAGCGCCGCAUCCCCCUCAUCCGCUCCAUAGCGGCGGCCCACUCCGGCUCCGCCGUCGUAUCAGCCGUCCUCGUCCUCUGGGGGAACCCCUCCACCCCGCUCGACGUCAUCAACCGUCUCUCCCGCGACCUCUCUUCCGCCUCCUUCGGCCCCGCUGCCAUCUCCGUCAUCCCGCAAUCCUCCACCAGCCUCAAUUCCAGGUUCCUUCCCCGGCGGGAAAUCAAGACGCGGGCUGUCCUGGUCUGCGAUGACGACGUGGAGGUCGACCUCAGAUCGGUGGAGUUCGCGUUUAAGAUCUGGGCGUCGAAUCCCGACCGUCUGAUCGGCCUCUUUGCCCGCUCCCACGACCUUGAUCUAUCGAGGAAAGAGUGGAUCUAUACGAUCCACCCGGACCGGUACUCGAUCAUGCUUACCAAGUUCAUGAUCCUGAGCACUGAGUACCUCUUCAAGUACAGCUGCGAAGGCGGAGAGGCCAUGGCGAGGAUGAGGAGGCUUGUGGACGAGACGCAGAACUGCGAGGACAUACUGAUGAACUUUGUGGUGGCGGAUGAGACGAAUGCCGGGCCUGUUCUGGUCGGUGCAGAGCAGGCCCGGGAUCAUGGGGACUCAAGGAAUGAAGGGGAGAGGGAGGAGGAGGUGAGGGAGGUGGGGCUGAGUACGAGACGAGGGGAGCAUAGGAAGCGUCGCGGAGAGUGUAUAACAGAGUUCCAUCGGGUUCUCGGUAGGAUGCCAUUGAGGUAUAGCUAUGGAAAGGUCGUGAACUCGGUCGGGGAACAGGGGCUAUGCAAGAAAGGCGGGAAGCUGGUCUUUUGCGAUGUACAAGUCGGUGAAUGAACUUGUUCCUGUUCUGCAGUUUACAUGAUCAUGAGAAGGCUUGAGGGGUCGUCUUUCGUUGGACCUGCAUUUCCGAGUUUAAGAAGGGCCAGCAGCAUGGCAAUCUCUGAGCAGCUAAUUUAGCAGCGGUGUUUGGUUGAUUAGGAACACAGUUCUGAAAUGGUUGAUUUAGGGGCCGAAGCGAUUCGAUCUUUUGAAGGAUCGUGUACUUCCAAAUGUAUAAUUACCCGAAUCGGGAUCUGAGUUUUCUUGGCCUUUGACUGAUAGAUUACUGCUGAUGUAAGUGUUAUCGUAUCGAUAAAGGAUGGACUUUUCAGUUUUCUCA